GUUCCAGAGGGGAAGUGACGAGACCUAGGGAGGGCGAGAGAGAGAGAGAGAGGGAGAGAGAGAGAGAGAGAGUGCAUAUAUACAUCCCAAGGAGGCUGGCGCUCACAUUCCCAGCCGGAUUACUUGGGAGAACACUUGAGAAACAUCUCCAGCUCAGGGUCAUUGAGCAAGCAAGAUUCACAACCAUGGACAGUGUGGCAAACUGGCUGGUGGAGAACAGGGACAAGAUCGAGAAAGGGGUGGACAUCAUGGGUCAAGCCGCGGAGGUGCUGGCCGCCACCGUGGGUCAGAUCCACCCCAUCCUGGAGGCCGUAUUCAUGGCCUCGGCCGAGAUCCUCAACAACCCCGAGAGCAAAGAGGCCAUCUACCUGACUAAGAAGAUAGAAGAGGUCAAUGAGAAGGUGUUGGGCAUCCAGAAUGAGAUUGAUAAAAUUGCUCUGGAGCUACAGAGGACGUCCAUGAACAAGCAGAACUUUGACCGUGAGGCUCAGAUGCUCGGCCAGUAUGAAAAGUUCCAGGAGUUUCUCAACGCCAAGCCAGACUGGAAAGUGAAAAAGAAGGAGAAGUUCCUCAAGUAUUACGAGAACACAGACGGCGACUUGAACUUGGACGCUCUCUACAACGCCGUCAUGGGAGAGAACACUUCAGGCGAUCCCAUGCUGGACACGGUGGUUGCCACAGAGCAGAGGAGCAGGAGGGCAGUGGAGGAAUUCUGCGCUUCGCUGAAGAAGCUUUUCGUCGUCGGCCUCAUCGCCAUCAUGGGCUACGCCGCCCUCAAGGAGGGCGCGGUGGAGAGGGACUUGAUGACUAAGUGGCAGACCCGAAUGGAGGCGGUGGAGAAAAGGAUGAAAACUGCAGUAGAUCAUUGCACAGAGACCUUUAUGGACCAGGCCAAAAUGGACCUGGAGAAACAGCUGGAGGAGAACCCCGGCACAGUCAAUGAGGACUUCACCCGAGCACUGCUGGACUCCCUUGUGAAGAAGUACGACUGGGUCAAGUGGUCGGUCCGAGCCUUCAACGGCAAGGAGCGCAUCUUCUUCUACAACUGGCUGGCAGGGAAGAAGUCCCACGGCAGCGGCGGCGCCAGCUGGUUUGACAUGACCACCAGCAACAAGAUCAAAGUGGUGGUGUCCUUCUGCGUGGACCCUCAGCCCAUCGACAAGAUCCAGAUCAGGGAGCAGAUCGAGAAGCAAAAACUUAAGGGAGACAUGAUGGCGGUGGCGCUGAAUCUGAACAAAUGUUUCCCCAACUGCCUGGUGCACGCCAUCAGCCACUACAAGGAGCUGGUGGAGUCCAACAACUUCAGCGUGGAGACCUACUACUAUGGCAAACAUAAACCAGCCUUCCUGUGCAUCCACCCGCAGUAGGCGGAGAAGAUAGCAUCGUCUCAGUAAAGAUCUUUAAUGGAUUCCUGCUAAUGUCGAGUAAUGAGAUCUGUAACUUCACUCUUGUUAAUACAGUGGGACACGCUUAAGUUGACAACACUUAUUUGUCAACAAACCGCAAUAUGCACAAACAAAAAGGUUCAAACAGCCUUUAUUUUUACUUGGACAGGUACAAAAUUCAGUACUUUUAUCAGUACCAACCUAAUUCCGUCAGUACUACCAGAUACCGAUUCACGUGUAAAAUCAAACAGUACCAUAUUUUGUUAACUUUGUCGUGUUAAGCGAGGCACUCAGAGCGGAUUAUGCCAAAUUGCCUGUCAGUAAUGUGACAAUUUUUCUUGCCAACAAAGCAAGUAGAAAAAAUUGCUAGUGUUGAAUUGGUACCAUAGGGGUUGAAAUGUAACAGGGAGCCAUCCCUAAUUGUCGGCCAUCAAUGUGUAAACAAUGGUAAGUUUCUGUUAUGUCAACAGCCGCUAAUGUCAACAGUCUGAGUGGCGUCAACAUAAACGGGUUCCACU